GGUAAAACGAUGAUUAUGCCAACGUCAAGGUUGAGAUUAUUUUUAUUAUCUAUGUUCCCAUAAAUUUUGAUAUUGACGUAAUGCUUUGACAUUGACAUGUAUUAAAGUAUGUUCGGUGAGGUAACUGAUUUAUCAAGGGCGUAACAUCAAAAGUAAAAAUUAUGCCAAACUGUAAAGAUACUUUCAAUAGCAAAUUCCGUCUUUUGUGUUCUCAAGAAAGUCACGAUGAAAUUAAUUGGUCUUCCACUGAUUCGAGCGACUAUGAAAAUGUAUCUAAUAUUGAUAACCACAUAACCUUCCAUUACAAAAACAGGAAAAGAAAACGAAAACAAAAGGCGCCGAAGAAUAUUUCUAAUUUAGAUAUUACAGUAGUGGAUAUAACAAAUGACAAAGAUUUAUCUCGUACUAAGAAACAAGAUAAAUCUUCAGUUUUAUUAUCUCAAUAUCAUCCGCCUUACACUUCUGUCCAUAUGUCACCUAUCAUAUGUCCGAGAACCAUUAAAUCAGAAGGAAGAUGUAAAAGUCCUAUAUUGGUACUAAAAACUGCCUCGCUUUUUUCGCCGAAAGUAAAAAAGAAGCUCUUUGGUAAUAAUGAAAAUGUUAACAAAAUCAAUGUGAAAAGUCCCUGUCCUGUCCCUCCUGCACCUUUACAUUGUGACGGAGAAUUAACAAAUGACAUUAUUUUAAGCAAACAUUUUGUUAAUGUUGCUAGCGAAGAGGAAUAUUCAAAAGUGAAUAAUGAAGACAAUCUAAACAAAAGUGACUGUGUCGGUGAAUCUUCAAUGUUAAGAGAAAACAAGAAUGCUACAAAAUUAGAUGACAGUUUAGAUUCACUGAAAUCUACAAAAGAUUGGAAAUUAGCAAACAGAGUGAAGUCAUAUUUUGACAAUAUCUUCAGCUCUGAAAGUGCAUCUCAAGUGUCCAUACAAGACAGUUUGACACCGAAGGACAGCUCUAAGGGUAGUUACAAAUCAAGUGAUGACCUUGAUAUUGUCAGUUGUUUAACUCAAAUAAAUUCAAACAAAUCUAGCACAGAGUCAUUUAAAGACGAGUCAGAUGUGAUGAUCCAAUCAAAGAAGAUUCGCUACAAUAAAAAUGGUCUAGCCUUCAGAUUGAACACAAUGAUAAAAAAACACAAUGCCAGCGUUUCCCUGUGGCAACACGAACAAUUUUUAGCAGCAAAUUCAAAUUUUGUUAUCCCAAAAGGAAAGCAUUUGGUUUUCAUAGUACGGAAUGUUGAAAUCAAAUAUGGCUGUUUUUUAUUACACGCUAGGAAUAUAGAAAGUGAAAGAUUUUUAAUAUUGAUUAAUAAUGAAUAUGUAAAUAAUUGUAUAUUUUGUAAAGAUAUGGUAUUAAAAGUUUAUGAGCCAUUUAAGAUUUUAGAGUUAAAUACAGAUUUGAAAUUGGUAAUCAAUGUUUGUAAGUUCCAAGGAGAAAAAUUAAAUAAUCUAUAGCAUUUUGAUAGGAUUUGUCAAAUAUAUAUAUAUAUUUUAUA